CACACCUGCGGCGCGGCGGCGGGCGGCGGCACCAUGGCGGUGGGUGCGCGGCUGGGCGCCAAGGCCAGGGGCCGCUACUCCCGCCGCGGGGCCGGCGACGACCAGGUCUCCAUCCUGCCCGGCGAGGAGGCGGCGGGGCAGGGGCAGGAGCAGCAGGAGCAGCAGCAGGAGCAGGAGCAGGAGCAGGGCGCUGCCGCCAGGAGGGUGCGCUUCGCCCUCCUGCCCGACUCCUACGAGCCGCUGCACCCGCCGCGGGCCGCCCGCAAGCGGCCCUACGGGCAGCGCCUGAGGAAGUACGGCAAGAACGUCGGCAAAGCUCUGCAGAAGGGAUGCCACUACUUGGUGGUCGGCCUGCAAGGAUUGGCGACGGCCUAUUCUGCUCCCUUCGGAGUGGCGGCUCAGGUGGCAUCCUUCGUCCGCUAGCGCAGCUCCACGCACCCCACAGGGGAGGACCUGAGGACAUUGCUGCUUUCUUAGGAUUAAAUCUGAAACCCGCACCUGAGAAACCUCUUGGACAAACAUUCCCAGCCCGGAGCCCCUCCACCAGCCCCUUCUCCAGGACUGGGGGCUCUUCUCUGCAAAAACUUCCAGCGCUUUAUGAAAUCAGAUCAGGUCUAAGAAAUGCAAGGAUAAGGAAAUAAUCUUCAAUUCAUUGAGCUGAAGUUUGUUCUCAGAUAUGAGUUGGCUUUCUAGAGCUUUGCGCUGUGUGUGGAAGGGAGCCAAGGAUGGAUGGAAAAGCAAGUAGAUGAGGGGGAGAGAAAUGAAAGAAAACAGAGGAUGCAGGAGCAGGUGGGGAGGUGGAGGUCUGAGUCUGGCUAGUGAGAGGAACUGUCAGAGCAGUGGAGGAAACGGGUAACAGGGGAUCAGGAAAAGAUAAGUCUUUGGGGUUCUGAAGUAUUUUUUUUUUUCCUUCAGAGGGUUAAGAUUAUGAGUAUACUUAAAAAUGUACCUGGAUAGAGAUGGAUUGUGGUCUGAGACGCAGAGAGCUUUGCUGCAUUGCAGCUGUUCAGUUCAAACACUAGGCAUAAUGAGUUUAUGUCUUAAGGCCGAUGCAAAAAUCCAGAAAGAAAAUGAGGUGUGUUUGUCUUCUGAUUUGGGGGCAUUAAAGGUUCACUGUGAUUAGUAUUUCAAACUUUUCCUCUGCUGCUGUGCAAUCUGCAUGUAUUUUUUUGACAGAGCUGGUUUUAUAUCUGAUAUACCUGAUUCUGGAAGCUGGGGCAUAAGAACACCCAGUUCUGUGAUGUUCGCCAGGAAAAAAAAUGAAUGAUUAACUACGUCUGCAAAAAAAGUACAUACAGCGUUUGGUAUGAGAAUGUACAACUGUUUGGUGUAAGAAUGGGGCCACAUAACCUGCCAGCUCCAUCUUUGUUUCCAUUUGUGGAAGUUUAGCUAGAGGAUGUCAACAUCAGAUGGCUCGGCUCCAUGGUGCGGAUGGAGCAGCUUCCAUGUCACACCUCCAGGGAUAUAAAUUUUGUAUUGAUGACACAGAAACAAGGGGGUUGAUGUGCCUUCAAAAUUUUGGGGGUUUGGGGUUUUUUUCUGUCUUUUGUGGUAGAAGGAAAUUAUUUAUUUCUCUGCUACCACUUUCUGUAUUAUAGAUCUUUCUAGUUUUGAUACUGGGUUUUGUAAUCAAGGCGUUGAUUUAUCUGGAAAAAAAUGCUGUUUGCUUUCUUUGCCUUUUUUGAACAAAGAGGUUUGCACGUCUUUGCAAGCCUCACUAAUUCUUUUCAAUGUAGCAGAUGAAACAAAGGUGGGUUUUUUAUUGCUCUUUUCUAACUGGACUGUAAAUAAAAGUAAUGUGGUCCAUGU